CCCGCGGUGUCUCCUGGCGUAACCGGAACUGUCCGUCGCGGGGCUGGCCUCCUAGGUCUCCGGCGGCCUGGUCUUGGUCUCCGAGCCUCGCCGACCCUUCUUUCCCUCGUUACCCCAUCGGCUCGGCUGCCCUGACCCCGAAACAGCCGUCAUGAGCGGGGGGCUGCUGGCGUCGGGUCCACCUCGGUGGCCACGACUGUGGCUGUUGCUGCUUCUCUUGGGGGCAACCCCAGGCCCGCGUCGAGGCGCCGCUUUCUACCUGCCCGGCCUGGCGCCCGUCAACUUCUGUGAGGAGGAGAAAAAGAGCCCCGAAUGCAAGGCCGAAAUAGAACUGUUUGUGAACAGACUCGACUCAAUGGAAUCUGUGCUUCCUUAUGAGUAUACAUCGUUUGACUUUUGCCAAGCAUCAGAAGGUAAACGCCCAUCUGAAAAUCUUGGUCAAGUUUUAUUCGGGGAAAGAAUUGAACCUUCACCAUACAAGUUUACAUUUAAUAAGGAGGAGACCUGUAAGCUCGUUUGUACAAAAACAUACCAUACAGAGAAAGCUGAAGACAAACAAAAGCUAGAAUUCUUGAAAAAAAGCAUGUUGCUGAAUUAUCAACAUCACUGGAUUGUGGAUAAUAUGCCUGUAACAUGGUGUUACGAUGUUGAAGAUGGUCAAAGGUACUGUAAUCCUGGAUUUCCUAUUGGCUGUUAUGUUACAGAUAAAGGCCAUGCAAAAGAUGCCUGUGUUAUUAAGUCAGAGUUUCAUGAAAGAGAUACCUUUUACAUCUUCAACCAUGUUGAUAUCAAAAUAUACUAUCAUGUUGUUGAAACUGGAUCCAUGGGAGCAAGACUUGUAGCUGCCAAACUUGAACCAAAAAGCUUCAAGCAUACCCACAUAGAUAAUCCAGACUGCUCCGGACCCCCCAUGGAUAUAAGUAACAAGGCUUCUGGAGAGAUCAAAAUUGCCUAUACUUACUCUGUUAGUUUCCAGGAAGAUAAAAAAAUCAGAUGGGCAUCCAGAUGGGAUUAUAUUUUGGAAUCUAUGCCUCAUACCCACAUUCAGUGGUUUAGCAUAAUGAAUUCCCUGGUUAUCGUCCUCUUCUUAUCUGGAAUGGUAGCUAUGAUUAUGUUACGGACUCUACAUAAAGAUAUUGCCAGAUAUAAUCAGAUGGAUUCUACGGAAGAUGCCCAGGAAGAAUUUGGCUGGAAACUGGUUCACGGUGAUAUUUUCCGCCCUCCGCGAAAAGGGAUGCUGUUGUCUGUCUUCCUAGGAUCAGGGACUCAGAUCUUAAUAAUGACGUUUGUGACUCUGUUUUUUGCUUGCCUGGGAUUUUUGUCACCUGCCAACAGAGGAGCGUUGAUGACUUGUGCUGUGGUCUUAUGGGUGCUUCUGGGAACUCCUGCAGGUUACGUUGCUGCCAGAUUCUAUAAAUCUUUUGGAGGUGAGAAGUGGAAAACAAACGUCUUAUUAACAUCAUUUCUUUGUCCUGGGAUUGUGUUUGCUGACUUCUUCAUAAUGAACCUGAUUCUCUGGGGAGAAGGGUCUUCAGCAGCUAUUCCUUUUGGAACAUUGGUUGCCAUUUUGGGUCUUUGGUUCUGCAUAUCGGUGCCUCUAACAUUUAUUGGUGCAUAUUUUGGUUUUAAGAAGAAUGCCAUUGAACACCCAGUUCGAACCAAUCAGAUUCCACGUCAAAUUCCUGAGCAGUCAUUCUACACAAAGCCAUUGCCUGGUAUUAUCAUGGGAGGGAUCUUGCCAUUUGGGUGCAUCUUUAUACAACUUUUCUUCAUUCUGAAUAGUAUUUGGUCUCAUCAGAUGUACUACAUGUUUGGCUUCCUAUUUCUGGUGUUCAUCAUUUUGGUCAUUACAUGUUCUGAAGCAACUAUACUUCUUUGCUAUUUCCAUCUAUGUGCAGAGGAUUAUCAUUGGCAGUGGCGUUCAUUCCUCACCAGUGGUUUUACUGCUGUUUACUUCUUAAUAUAUUCAGUACACUACUUCUUUUCAAAACUACAAAUCACAGGAACAGCAAGUACAAUUCUGUACUUUGGUUAUACCAUGAUAAUGGUUUUGAUCUUCUUUCUUUUUACAGGAACAAUUGGCUUCUUUGCAUGCUUUUGGUUUGUUACCAAAAUAUACAGUGUGGUGAAAGUAGACUGAAGCAGCCCAGUGUGACCAGUUAAAACAGAAAUAAAUUAAAUUCUUCAUCUACAAAGACCUGUUUUGUGACUCCCUUGAGUUUCCUCAGACUUAUUGGCCUAGUAUUUCAUCAGAAGCAACAUAAUGCUAAAUACACCUCUACCCAUACACCCUGUUUCCACAAGAUGUUUUCAGCACUAAAACAUUUGUAUUGUGAUUUGAUUAAGUAUAUUUUCAGUUCUCAAUGAAGAGUAAAUUUAAACACUAUGUGCAUUUAUAAAUAAGAUAGCUUAAGAGAUUUUCAGUACUUCUAAUGGCAGAACAUAGGAGGCCAUAUUGAACAAUACUGAUGAAAUGCAGGACAGUUGAUUGUAAAUAGAAUUUUCUAGGCUCGGUAGGUGGAAAGAAUUAUUUUUCUUUAAAGGAAAUAACUUUUUAUCAUGGUAAUUUUGAAGGAUGAUUCCUAUGAUAUGCUCAUUGGGGAAUGCAGCUUUUAAAAACAAAAAUCUUGUAAUGUUGAAACUGUUCAUACCUUUUCCUUUUCUGUGUUGACUUCAUUAUUCCCAUGGUUUGGCCUUUUAAACUAUGUGCCUCUGAGUCUUUCAAUUUAUAAAUUUGUUAUCUUAAUAAAUAUUGUAAAAACAUCUUCAUUGCAUCAUUGUUAUAUAUUUAAGGAGAUUCUGUAAAUACAAAUCUAUUUCCCAGGGUUGUUGAAAAUGAUUUAUACUGCUUUAUCAGAUUUUGUUGGAUCUUCUCAAUGUAACACUUUCUGAGUUUUGGUCUAAGUGAAAUUUCAGUCUUCUGAGCUUUAUGACAAUUCUAACAUUUUCAUUGUUAGGCAGCAACGGAAACUUUAGCCACGCAGAUCUGGCCAGAUGAUGAUGUAAGCUUCAUAGUUAAUGUAGACCUCCUAACUGUGUUGGCAUUAAGGAUUUUAUAUUUUCUCUUUUUUUGGAAUAAAAAAUUUUUAAAUCAGUUCUUUAUGAUCUAGACAUUAUAUAAACUAGUAAGCCUUCAUCUCUCCCUUAUAACUAUUGUUGUAUUGUCUUAAUUUGGAUUUCAGGAUAUCCUGUGAAUUUUACAGUUUUACUUACUAGAGUUAAGCAAUACAUAUUUCUGUUUCACAUUUAUUUAAUAAAUUGAGAUUAAAUUAUGUGGAAUAUAGAAAUGUGGGACAAUUCCAGCAAUACUUAUAAUUGUGAAAAUAGUCAUUUGUACUUGAGGAGCUAAAUGCUUGCUGCUUAUGAAAGCAAAUCAGAUUCUGUCAUUAAACUUGCAACUAAAAUUA